AUGAUAUUAUUCCCACUUAAAUAUAAUUGUGGAAUUGGAGGAUCGGAGGAUAAAAACCAAAUUUUAUUUGCACCAUUUAUUUCAUUUUUAGCAUCACUAUUUUUUAUUUAUGAUAUAUGGAACUUCUAUUUACCAAACUCUAUUGGAUAUUCCAGGGUAAACCCUUCAUCAAAAUCAUUUGUUAAUUUAAAGUUAGUUAUUUGUUUUGUUUUAUUUACUCUCAGUUGUACAUCAAUUGUGUUAUCUUUUAAUUUAACUUUUAACGAUGUAACUAUUUGGAAUUUUUUAAAUAUUAUUUUUGGAAUCAUUUGGGCAAUGCUAACGGUUAAGUAUCAAAAAUAUAAUGAACAAAAUACAAAUGAAAGAGAUUUCAAAGAAUUAAAUCAGCUAACAGUUGAUGAUAAAGAAAUGAUUGAAGGUGAUGUUUAA